AUGUCGUCUAAUGGAACAGGAUUGGACGGUGUCGACGGACGAGUUACCCACAUCAACUGUGUCUAUCCAAUUUCUGGCACCUACGGCCUCCUCCCACGGUUGUUAUACUAUGUCACCCUAAUCUUUGCAAUCUUUGGUCGAACCCGAGAAUGGCUCAUCAUUGGUGCCCUGGUCAGCGCCCUCACAUAUGCUGGUACCUCUGCGAUCCACCUGAUGGCACUCGUAACAAGUAGAGCGGACGUCUACGAUCUCGACAUUAUGGCCGCCUGGGCGAUCUUGAGCACUGGUGCUCUCGCUUACAUUGGCAUUAUCCAUUGGAGCUCGACGCUGCGGAAUUCGCGAGCGCGGAUUGUCAUGAUUUGCUGGGGUUUCUUGGUGGGGGUAUCUCUGAUCUUUGGUCGCGCCAUAUUGUUCGACACCCCGCUCAGCGAGCCGGAACCUGCCUGCUAUUCUUCCACCGGAAUCCUGCUCCAAUAUCCGAUCGAGCUGGCUAACCCCCAGUUCAACUGUACGUACAAGUGCUUUUCUUUGACGAAACCAAUGCGGUACCACUCCGAGAUUAUGGCGGUUCCGCGGCAUCUUCUGGAGAACCGAUAUUCGGGACUGGCGUACGUCCUGGUUGGACCAAUCCAAUUUGCCGCGUACGCUGCCGUCAGUUUGGAUACCAUCGAACAUUCCCCCUCUCAGAUGUGUCUCCGAGGUGUUAUGGCUCACCUAAUCCACCCCAGAUACCGCGAGGACAUGACUAAAGCGGUGUACAAAGCAUCAAUGGAAAGCUGGUAUGGGGGGUACUUUGUAUUGAUUGGCUAUUUCAAAAGAGCACAAUGGACGUACAAGAAAUUUCUUGUCCUGGCCUUGGGUGUCCCCUGGAUGUUUUUGAGCUUGUUGAUCGACAUCCUGUGCCUCCCUCUAAUGGUGGUCAACAUCGUUCUCAAUGAAAUCACCCUCCUGUCUGGAAAUCUACCGGUGAACGAGCCCGACGUUGCCAUUGGCCAGUGGGGUCCGAUCGUCAACUCGCUGCUUGUCGUCAUCGCCACUUGUAUCAAUAAGGCCUUGGAGAUUUACGAAAGACGGAAAAGCGCCAAGGCGCUGAAAGAGACGGUAGAGGAAGUCAUUACAGUUUCCCCGGAUGUGGAGCGAGGUGUCAUGAAGGAUGAGCAAGAGAUUGGAGUGGUCAAGCCCAAACUGGCUCACGUUCAGACCUUGCAGGAUGUGGACGAUAUCAUGACGAGACCCAAGUGA